AUGUCUAGCACAGCAGACUCCGACAACGAGGCGAAUGCGCGUUCACAACAAAGUCCUCUUGCCCGUCAACGGGCCGCCGAAAGAGGCGAACGAGGGGGCGGCUGGUUUCCGAUGGGAUACAAGGAAGGCUUCAGUCAGUGGUGGAGCGCACUGCCAGCAGCUCAAACAGAGAACAAAGUGCUGUCGUACAUUCCCUACCUCCAGAAGCCGCCCACACAUACACAGACUGGCUCCAAGCCUCCUUCCGUGAACCCAUCGAUCACAUCACUAAAUACAGAUCCAUCUGCGAAGGCGGCUCCAGUCCGCACGAACUCGAUAACGGACCCAUACGGACCCAGAACGUGGUACUCACGAAUGGUGGAACUAUCGGGCAAACACCGCGCACUGAAUGAGUUCUCGGUAGAGCAUCCCGGCGAGAAGGCAGACGAAAAUCUGGUUAUAAUACAUGGCUACGGCGCAGGUCUAGGAUUCUUCUACAAGAACUUUGAGGCACUCUCCAGGCCGAAAGGCUGGCAGCUCUACGCUCUCGACAUGCUCGGUAUGGGCCGAUCGUCCCGUCCGCCCUUCCGGAUAAAGGCAAAGGGCAAGCAGCAGCAGAUCACUGAAGCAGAAGACUGGUUCAUAGAUUCGCUGGAGGAGUGGCGGGUUAAACGCAAGAUCGACAAAAUGACUCUUGUGGGUCACUCCAUGGGCGGAUACAUGGCAGUGUGUUAUGCUCUCAAAUAUCCCGGCCAUCUGAACAAGCUCAUCCUUGCCUCACCCGUUGGCAUUCCAGAAGAUCCAUACGCCACACAGGCAGCAAUGCCUGAGCCACAGACCUCGACCUUCCAGAACGAAUUCGCGCAAGACGCGGAAACGGAAACGACGAAACAGGCGGAUGGCAACAACUUUCUCAAUCAGCGAAAGAAGGCCGACAAGGCAGCACAAGAAGCACAACAGGCGCCGAAUGCCAACCGUCUCCCAGCCGAUGGCAAGGAAGUCGCGCCUCGGCGAAGGAUACCCAAGUGGGUAACGUGGGCGUGGGACGCCAACAUCUCGCCAUUCAGCUUUGUUCGAUGGUCAGGACCAUUUGGACCACGACUGGUCUCCGGAUGGACGUCUCGCCGCUUCAGCCACUUGCCCGAAGCGGAAGCCGCUGCUCUGCAUGACUACGCCUACUCGCUAUUCCGCUUGCGCGGCUCCGGCGAGUAUGCCCUUGCAUACAUCCUCGCGCCAGGCGCUUUCGCACGCAGUCCGCUGAUCCACCGAAUCGGGCGCGUUGGACGAGGGACACUGCCUGACGGAAGCAAUGAAGGUGGUGUCCCUGUCGUGUUGAUGUACGGCGAGAACGACUGGAUGGACGUCAAGGGCGGGUAUGCUGCGAAGAAGCUUCUUGACAAAGCGCGCGAGAAGGCGCUGCAGGGCAAGACUGAGGCUGAGAAACGAGAGGACCAAGGUGGUGCCAAGGUUGUCAUUGUCAAAGGCGCAGGACACCAUGUGUACUUGGACAGUCCGGACGAAUUUAACGCGAUCAUGAAGCGAGAGAUGGACGAUACCGCCAUGCGAUCGAAAGGCAAUCGGAAAGGAAGCAUGGCCGGAGUGGAGGUUGUUGUGCCAGGAGAGGAGAUGGAGGUUCUGCAGCAACGUGAUAUUCGAUACUGA